GCGCUGACAGAACCGCCAACGAUCAUGAUCACAGGGUACAUGGGCAAUGGACGAGGCAACAGUAUUCUGGUAGCGGCUACCGAGGGGGAAAUGACACCGACGCAGGAGCAGCGGGAUGUGGAGAUGGAGGUGAAUGGAGCGUCUUUCACCUUGCCCAUUGAGGAUACCACACGGGAGCAUGACACCACACAGGCUCCGACUGCCUCUCCGACCGGCAGUCUCCGGAUGGCGUUGAUGACAGACGCGAUCGUCGACCACGUGGGCGGCUGCGACUCUGUAUAUUACGACACUUGUGGUGGCAAUGAAUAG